AUGACGGCAUCGGAUCGAGGCUCCCUCAACCGCCGCUCCUCUACCCAACACUACCAGACCUUCGAUACCCCGCCGCCAAAGUCGCGUGGACGGCCGAAUUCCGGACAGUCGGAAUCCUCCGCAGAUGGCUCCCAUGGAAAUCCAGAUGACAGCCCGGAUCACAAUCAUAUACAGUCGUCGCCUUUGCCUGGAAGGCAGAUGGCAGUGUUGGCGAUGAUCGCGUUGGCUGAGCAAACCGCCCUUAACUCGAUCAGUCCUUAUCUUCCUGACAUGGCUUCUACCUUUCCCGAGGUGGAGCCUAGUCAGGUGGGUGUUUAUGUCGGAACGAUUGCAUCGGCAUUUGCAUUGGCACAAUUCGCUACCAAUUAUUUCUGGGGAUCGCUAUCAGAUCGCAUUGGACGCAAACCAGUGAUACUUCUGGGUACUCUGCUGACGGCGUUGUGUUUUGUUGCCUUUGGAUUUUGCAAGACACUCGGCCAGGCGAUCGCGGUACAAGCUCUCAUGGGUAUCGUCAAUGGAAACCAAGGCUUGGUAUCUACAUGUCUGGGUGAAAUUACCGACCGAAGUAACCAGUCGCAGGCAUUUACUUACCUCCCUGUCCUUUAUGGCAUUGGAGGCAUAACAGGUCCACUCCUAGGGGGACUUCUAGUUCUUGAAAACAACCCAUUCACUGGGGAAAAGAACCCAUAUCCAUACCUCGCUCCUAACUUGGUCUCUGCGGCUAUUCUUCUUCUGGAUUUUGGGUUGACAGCCUGCUUUUUGGAGGAAAGCUUAGAAGAUGCCGAGACGCUACCUAAGUUUAGCAGAAAAGUUCGCAGUCUGUUCUCCUGGAUCUGGCAAUUUACCGGUCUAUCACGGCACCCGACUUACAUGCGAGUACCGGACUCUGCACUUCAUCACGGUGCUGAAAAUGAUGACCACGACAGUGACUUGGACUCAGCCUCUGAGGUUUCGAGCCGCCUUGACCAUCAUGCCGAAGAACUGACCUGGGAUGAGAUUUUCACUCGUGACACCAUCUUGCUACUCUUGACCUAUCUGAUUUUCUCAUUCUGCAAUGUCUCAUUCAACUCACUGUUUCCAAUCUUCGCGCAAGCCAAGCCUCCUGCUGGUCGCAAACUCACACCAUCUGAGAUCGGUCUUUCGCAGGGAUUUGCUGGCAUCGUGACAAUCAUAUUCCAGAUCUGCGUCUUCAAUCGCCUUCGCGACAAGAUGGGCAAUCGAUGGUCUUACCGCGCCGGCCUUUUUGGCUUUAUCAUCUCUUUCCUGUUGAUGCCAUUCAUCGGAUACAAGAGCAGCCCUAGCGAAGGAUUGACUCGUCAGUCAGUACUGAUGGCUGUGGAGUUAUGCUUUGUGCUCUUGGUGAAGACUGUGGCCUCUGUAGGCGGCUUGACUAGUGCCCUGCUCCUGGUCACUAACUCUGCCCCCAACCAUGCCGUACUGGGUGCUCUCAAUGGACUUGCCCAGACCCUCUCAGCUGCUGGACGCUCCGUCGGGCCCUUUUUAUCUGGAGGCCUGUUCUCAUUGACCUCCAAGAUCCAGCCUAAAGGUGAAGCUAUAGCCUUUGGUGUCUUUGGCGCUGUCUCUUUCGUUGGGUUCCUCAUGAGCUUUGGUAUUCGUGGUCGAUCACUCGAAGCCGAAGGGUGGACAAGCGAGAGUGACGAUGGAAACUAUAAAUCCGAUGACGAUGAGCCGAACGGUGCAUAG